UGACCCCAUAAAAAAUCCAACUCCAAUGCUGCUCUCUCUAUAUAAGCUCAAGUUUCUUUCCAUUUUCCAAACUGACAUGGUUUGCUUGGACAUCCACACAGAAAGCCAGUAUAGCUUCUAGUUCCUGGGGAGCAAAUCUUCGGAAUAUGUCUAUUAUAAAUACAUCCGCUCCCAGCAAUGAGAUUCUUAUCAAGCUCGGUGCCCGAGGGAAUCUUUCGCCUGGAGUUGACAAGUGGGAUGAGGUGUACAAUGGUAGGCUCAGGCAGAUUCUAAUUUCGCAUGGAGUUGCCAUCAACUCCAUCCAAGUGUCAUAUACUGCCCCUUCAGGAGCAUUAGUUCUUGCUCCCAGGCAUGGAGGAGACGGAGAUAAAUUCGAUUGUGUUGAUCUAGAGUCCUGGGAGGCUCUGACCAUGGUGCAGGGAUACUACGGGCCCCUGAGAGGAAACAAUGCAGGUGUUGUAAGAUCCCUCACUUUCGGCACCAAUGGUGCCACGUAUGGACCGUUCGGCAUCGAGGAGGGGAUACCCUUUCGUUUCAAUAUUCCUCCUGGUGUUGGCUUCGGGGGUUUCCAUGGGUGCUCCGAUAGCCGCUAUCUGCAUGCGAUUGGCAUAUAUAUCAAAUCCAUGGCUAGAUAUCAUCUCGCGCCAAAACCUGAACGAGUUUCCUUCUCACGCUCCACUUAUUCGGUGGAGUAUUAGAAAGCACCAUAAAAUGUUAUCAGACUUCAUAGCCAGAAAGAGGAGAUUAUUCAUCUGCUUGAAGAUAAUACCUGAGCCAUCAUGGCACUGACUUAGGUGUCAGUUUAAGUGAGGAAAAAAAACAGAGUUUGGCAUCACCAACCACACCGUAGCAAGAGGAGCGAAGAAGUCUCUACGUGGAAGUAAAUUAAAUAAUAAUAACAAGAUACGUGCAAUCAUCUGCAUAUGGACUCCAGUAUGAAUAUUGUUAUGUACUGAAAUGAUAUGCAAUUAUCCGAAGGAUUAUAGUAACAUGAAAGCAAGGAGGUUUGAGAACCAA